GAGGCGACUAACAGCUCUGUCAAGAAGUUUUAGAGAGUCCGCACUGUCGUGUAUGCAGCGUCUUUUAGCUGAAAAAAACAAACAACAGACAAACGCUGGUGUCGACGGGAAAGAGCGACUCGGACUCGGACACAGCCAUGGACGGUGUGUAUGGAUGGGGCAUUAACCCACUCAACCCAGUCCAAGCAGCAAACCCCUUCAUAGAGAUCAUCGAGCAGCCAAAGCAGAGGGGGAUGAGGUUUAGGUAUAAGUGUGAGGGACGGUCAGCUGGCAGCAUCCCCGGAGAGAAGAGCAACGACACCACUAAAACCCACCCAGCCAUCAAGGUGCACAACUACAGCGGGCCCCUACGUGUUCGCAUCUCACUGGUGACGAAGAACGCACCGCACAAGCCACACCCCCACGAGCUGGUCGGGAAAGAUUGCAAACAUGGUUACUACGAGGCGGACCUGCAGGAGAGACGAAUACACAGUUUUCAGAACUUGGGCAUACAGUGUGUGAAGAAGAAGGAUGUGAAUGAGGCCAUCACUUGCAGGCUGCAGACCAAUAACAACCCCUUCAACAUUUCCGAGGCGAAGGUGUGGGAGGAGGAGUUUGACCUGAAUUCAGUGCGGCUUUGCUUCCAGGCCUCCAUCACUCUGCCUACAGGGGAGCUGUUUCCUCUGGAGCCGGUCGUAUCGCAGCCCAUCUAUGACAACAGGGCACCAAACACAGCUGAGCUUAAGAUCUGCCGAGUCAACCGCAACUCUGGAAGCUGCAAAGGAGGAGAUGAAAUCUUUCUGCUGUGUGACAAAGUGCAAAAAGAGGACAUCGAGGUGCGUUUCUUCCAGGACUCCUGGGAGGGAAAGGGCACUUUCUCCCAGGCUGAUGUCCACAGGCAGGUGGCCAUUGUGUUCCGCACACCGCCAUACCGCGACACUAACCUCACCGAGCCCAUUCGAGUCAAGAUGCAGCUCCGCCGGCCCUCUGACCGCGAAGUCAGCGAGCCAAUGGACUUCCAGUACCUGCCCGCUGACCCCGAUGAAUACAGGCUGAGUGAUAAGAGAAAGCGCACAGGGGACAUGUUCCAGAAGCUGGGGCCCAUGCUAUCGACUGUCACCAUUCCUCCAGACAGACGGAACAUAAGUCUGGCAAGAAGAACGGUCACAGCCAAGCCGCCAUCGAUGAACACACAAGGUGCAUCUGCAGUGCUCCCAGGUGCAAGUGCAGCAAAACCCCAGUCUAGCUACUCAUAUCAGCCAGGCCAGCUGUUCUCUGUCCAGCCCAAAGUGGAAGCCUCGCCCUCCAUCUCCUCUGCAGCCACAAACCAAUCCUGGAGGAUCAUGGAGAGCCUGAACCUGGGCAAUCAGCCUAAAGCCACUCCGGUGCCUAAUUUCACAAUGAGCCAAGCACCGUCCUCCGGCUCCUCUAUCACCACUUCCACCGCCAACCAGGACUACUCAACCGUCAACCUUUCAGACCUUCAUGAAUUCUUCCCCGGCAUUUCCUCCACCAUCGGCCAGGAGUCAGCAGCUUCCCGGGGAGGUGUGGCUUCCUCGCAGACCAGCAGCUCCUUCUCCUCUCAGUUCCGGCAGGACGCACCACUUGUGGACGAUGAUAUCCCAGAGUUCCCUAGCUUUUCCGAAGCGAGGGAAAUCAAUUUGGACAGCCUAAACAUGGAUGACCUCGAGGACCUUCUGAGCCCCCCUCUUAUGAACGAGAGCGGAAACAGCACCUCCAUGUUGGCUCAAGCUCAGUGCCAACAACCUCCCAGCUCUUCUACAGCUGCCCACAGCGCAGCAUCCCAGAACACUUCUGACCCUGCCAGCAACCCAGGAAGCACCUGGAUGAAUUACCCCAACAGCAUCGUCAAUUUGCUCCAGACUGAGGGCAUGAUGGACGUGGCGACCAACAACGGCAACCACCAGCCAGCUGUGCUGGAUGAGUUUGACGAGCUGAUGUCUGCUGACGAGGAUCGCCUCAUUUCCAUUUUAAUAGUGGAGCCCAAGCUGGGUUUGUGUCAGGACAUCCCACUUAAACUUUGUCCACACGACUUUUUUUUAUGGACAUAUUUGCCUAAACCACUUGUAUCUGCCCUUAAACCUUCAGAACUGAAACUCUAUGUUGGUAUGAAAGACAAAAUGAACAAGGUGAAUAUAAGAGGGCUGCAAGGGACAGAAUGUAGCAAAACCGCUCUGGGCUCAAAACUGUGGGCAUGCAAAGACUCCUCACUGUAUUCAGUUAGCCAGGCAUUUAUAUACCGUUUAACCGACAAAUGAUAAGCCAGGACUGAACUCUGACAGAUUUCAUUGCCCUUCAGCCCAUGUUCAGCAUCAGUCAUUAACAUUUUUCAGUCAGAUCCGAUGCACUGCUGAAGGGAUCUGAUUAAAUGUUUAGCUUGUGUUCUGUAGAACAUGUUAAGCAUGUUUGUGUACUUGUCAUUUUAACCGUUUUGGUAGCUCUGGUCAGUGUCCAUGUGAUAUUCACUCUGAAAUGUCUAAGUUUAGUCUGCAUACAAAAGCUCUAGCAUUCUCAGUAGUGAUUUAACCCUUGCGCAAAUUGGGUUGAUUUUUUUUUUUUUUAACAUUGGAAGAUGCCAAUGAGCACUUUUGCAAUUCCAAAAAAUGACCUUAAAAUAAACACACACACA